AUGGAACGCUGCCCCGUCGAAAUCAUCUGGUCGAUUGUGUCCCUGGCGUGCACUGACGGAGGUGCCACAGGAUGUUCGCUCUCGCUUGUCUCCAGGGGAAUGGCUCGCGUCUCUGAACCGUUCAGGUUCCAGUCAGUAGCUCUGUCUGGCUACCAGCAGAUCGACGCUUUCAUUAGCACGGUCCUCGUGCCCAGUCGCAAACAUCCCGCCAUCAAGCACUUGUUCCUGUCAGAUUGCAGGGUAGAGAAGACCACGCAAUACGGUGGCUCGACUGCCCUCAGCUUAGCAAUUGACGCUCUGGGUUUCUUCGAUCUCCUCCCAAAGAUUCUUCGGGUUAUUUCGCCGUCUCUCGAAACAUUCUCUCUCAUUUCAUUCGACCCAGGCUACCACCGCCUGUUUUGGGACACGUUUUAUGGUGUCAGCUUCCCUGCCCUGACAGAUCUAACUAUGAGAGUCUCCUCCAAGAGACCGAUAGUGCCGUUAUACUCCGGAUCCUUCCCUCAUAUUGACGACUAUCCCCUCGACAUGCCACGAUUAGAGAGGCUCCACCUCGCCUUUGCAGCCGACAUGCUCAGCGGCAUAUACCAGUUCAAUGCAGAGCUGAGCCCACAAUAUCCACUCCUGGGGGUCCUGUCUUCCCUCGCCUCUGGAUCGUCCGUGAGGGCCAUCCGCCUCUCCGACUUGAGCGAUGCAUCCAGGGUGCGGGCGGGUGCUAGCUUAGCCCAUGUGUUGGGAUUUCAAACCGCAGGCAUGACUUAUCGCCACCCUGCCCCCUCACUGGACUCGCAAGACCCAUACCCGCGACUCCCGCGAUUGCGUCUGUCUCAGCCUUCCCAGACUCGUGUAGUCAUUCGGGCAGGCGGUGAUCUGAAGAAACAGCCGCUAGCCGCCGCUCAGCUCGAUUACCUUAAAGGGCUAAGAAAGGAGACGCUACUAUCCGGCCCAGAAUGCGAUGUUCCUGACAUCCGUAUUCUUGGUUUCGGUUCGCCCAUGGGCUACGCUGAUUGGAAAACGGAAUGGGAGCAGAGGCAGGGACUUUGCUCAUUCGGAAGAGAGCGGCUGCUCUAUGAGUAG